GAGCGCGCAUCACUCAGUUGGCAAAGUUUGACGCGCCGACUUUCAUAGCACAGACGCGUCUAAUAGAAACCAGUAAAACUAUGCGGGGUAUUUCUCAGUGACUGAACAGAAUUUAUUUACUCCGCGGUGAUAAGAAGUUCGGCGCCUGUAAGCUCUUGUCUGACCGUGAACGGAGCUAUAUUACCCUCCACCUGCACUUAAUUGUUUCGGAGUUUUGCUCUCGGUGUCUGUGGGCGAGUAACUUUCAGGCGAGCACAAAUACUUGGAUUUCGGGGCACUUUGGAACAAGACGGGAUAUCGUGAGCGUCAGGCGGUCAAAUGGUGGCUCAUAUUUUGCGGGUAGAGAAAAGAGAUUAAGAAAGCGUGAAGUUGCUGAAUGGAAAGUUAGUUUUUACUUUCUUGGUCGCGGGGUAUUUUAGGCUUAAUCACAUUGUAUUUGAGCCACUAGAAGGUGAAGAGGACAUUAGUCAUUUAAAGCGUGUACGAGUUUUUUAUCAACAUGAGUGGAGGAUUAGUUUUCCAGAUGUGGACGGUUUUAUUGUUGGGGACUAUAACUGGGGUCGGGAGGGCUCAGGUCUCCAACGUCAAAGUGCUGAGGGGCAACAUCAGGAGACACGACUUGUACUGCAAAGAAGAAAACAUCACAGUAACGUCAGUGGGUGGAGCCAUCCCCAGUCCACGCUACCCCAACGCUUAUCCCCGCAAUCUGCUGUUGUCAUGGAAACUGGUGUCGCCACCAGGGAGCCACAUACACCUGGAGUUUGACGGACACUUCGGCCUGGAGGAAGCUGAUAAUGGAGUGUGCAGGUAUGACUUUGUUGAAGUGGAGGACCAAUCAGAGACCAGCACUAUAAUUUGGGGUCGCUGGUGUGGGCAGAAGGCACCACCUAGUCUUAAAUCCAAAACCAACACGCUCAGAGUCACCUUCAAGUCUGACGAUUACUUUGUUGCAAAGCCGGGAUUCAAAGUCUACUACUCACUGCUGUUUGACUGUCCUCUGCCUGCAUCCAUCACCAACUGGGAGGCUGUCACUAUUCCAAUGUUGGACAUUGGUGCAGAGCACAUGCCAAAGGCAGUCACAGAGGUUCCUUUCUCAUUAGAGGAUUUGGACCGGACCAUAGCUGCCUUUGACACUGUGGAACAGCUGUUCAGAUCCCUGAGCCCAGACACCUGGAGACAGGACCUGGACAGCAUCUACACUCAAACACAUAUACAUUAUAGAUCCAGGGCCUAUCAUCUGGCAAGCAGACAUAAUAAAGUUGAUCUAAACCGUCUCUUUGAUGAUGUCAAGCGGUACAGCUGUACGCCUCGCAACUACUCUGUAAACCUACGCGAGGAGCUGAGGGCCACCAACGCUGUUUUCUUCCCUCGAUGUCUGCUGGUCAAACGCUGUGGAGGCAACUGUGGCUGCGGAACUGAGAACUGGAACAAUGGCUGCACCUGUCAGGCCUCCAAAACGACACUCAAACUACACGAGGUGCUGAAGUACGUCCCAGAAUUCACUCUGUAUCAGCGCCCUAAGAGGCUGAAGGUGCGCUGGGUCAUAGAUGAGAUCUUCCUCACACACCAUGAAAAGUGUGAGUGUGCGUGUCCCUCCCAGCCCCCUCGCUGACACACCCAGACUGGCACAUGCAUCUGGAACUGUUGGACAAGUUCCUCUUUUAUCUAUUUUGCAACGGACUUCAUAUAAUUACAGCAACGCAGACACACAUGCAGCAAAGAAGGAGGCAGCAUUUUGACUGACAAAAAACACAGCUCGCAUCAUACACUGACAUUUGUCCUUGCAAGUAAACCACCUACCUUUCUCUGUACAUAGGCCAAACUUGUUAUAUUUAACUUUCCAGCAACUUGGAGUAUACAUUUUCCCAUUUUCAAUUGGAAUUCCUUUCCUCUAAAAACCAGAUUCAUAAGAUUCUUUGGAAUACAAAAACAUUACCAUACCAUACUAUGAAAAAACAUUAUAAUAAACUCACAUUUACAUUUUGAUUUAAGGAGUUUAAUGGAUGCCAACUUGAUUGAAUUCAAAUUUGACUCCAACCACUGUGUAAACAGUUUAUUCAUAUUUCAUGUGUAUAUAUUUGCAUCUUCGUGUUAUAAAAAGAGUUUUCGUAGGAACUUUAAGCCCUUCUUCAGCCAGAAGCAUGCUGAGAUGUGUGAGCGUGAGACAGAAUGAGGGAGGGAGAGGGGUUGGAGGAAGUGUAAACCAAAAUAACACUUUAUCUUGAUGUGAAAUUAGGCUAACCACAACCCUCUAGAUCUGAAUUGCAUACUAACGCACUCAAACACACAUUCGCUCUAGGCUUCUGCUCCAUCCUUAAAGACAAAGAGUAGUUAUUAUUCAUACUAAAAUCUUCACUGCUCUAUUUAUUAGUGAAGCCUUCUUGUUUUUCACACAUUCCUGUCUGCAUAUAUUCACGCUUCCCUUUGUCUAUCCAUCCAUCCAUAUGCUUCCCGCCCCUUUUCUUUCUUUCUCACUGACUCCAUCUCUCCCUCUUUCUAAAGCACACACUCCCUCUCUCCCUUCAUCACUCUAACACAUGAAAAGAAAAGUGAGAUCAGACUGCUGUGCUCUGCUCAGUUUUCUGAGCGUUCCUGGCAUUCCAAAUGCUAACUGGAAUUCUGCUAACACGAAUAAAACCGUGAUCCUCAGACCCUGAACACAUAAGAGGAAAGAGAGUUUUUUUUAGGAGAGGCGUCUAACAGAAAAGGGACAAUCAAGCUGCCUUCGUAGAUUACCAGCACUUCUGGAUGAGAGGAGUGAAAAGUGAGGAGCCACUUUCAAGAUACAACAUAAAAGAUUGCAGCUACUUCAGCGGUUUCAAUCAGCAUGUUCACAUAUUCAGCUUGACAGAUUUUUUGUCAGGCUGCUUUAUAACCUCACGAAGAUGCUCAUUAGUAUCACACUCUGACCCCCAUUUUGCAAGUCUGCUGCAGCACCACAGUGAAAAAGAGAGCUGUGGGAAUUAGUGUAAUGUUCUUGGUCUCUGCUGAAAAUACAACUGAUACCGGUGUAUGUGUGUGUUACACGGCUAAGCUAAACCUAGGCUCGUAGAACAAAGGAACACAGCUACUAAACCUAGCUCGUAACAUUAAUGGUAUGGGUCUCCUCUCCCUGCGUGAUGCAUUUAGCGUGAGAAUGAGACCUAUGCUUGCCUGGAUGAACGUAUACUUUCCUACCUAAGAGGGGUUGUGCGGUGUUAAACUGACUCACCCAGCCGUUGUUUUAAUUCGUGCUGUGGACGUGGGCCUGCUUGCUUCGGUGAUCACCCCGUCGGGAGUGACCUUCGCUCCAAGUCUGCUUUCCAGCGUCCUUCGUUGAGCCCGCUCUCCGUGUUUUAGUUCAAGUUUUGAAAAGGUGAAUUUACAAAGUUUGUGUUGUGGGAAACAAGAAAACGUCUCUUUAAUCCAACAGUCUCUUUCCACUUGUGGUUUGCAGCAGUCCGCCUGCCGCUCCUUCCUGAAACAUGGCUGUGGUCGACUAGUCAAUUUUGCUUAGGAAGGUUCUUAACGGCGUGAAAUGACCUGGAAGUAGUUAAGUGGCUGCCAUGAUAAGAGCCGUUCGAAUUGUCUAAGUGAUAAGGAAAGGUGCUUCAAUGCUUCCUUUGUUACCUCCAUUAGCAUAGGAUACACUGGACCAUCCUUU